CUUCAGUUUCACUUCAUCACCAUCACUCUCAUCAUCACUUCUCUCUGCAAAAACAUGAGCUCCCAAAUCUACAGAUCUGCUUCCAAAGCAGCAAGGUCUCUUCUUUCUUCAGCUAAGAAUGCUCGUUUCUUCUCUGAAGGACGCACCAUUGGUGCUGCAGCAGCGGUUUCUGCUUCAGGAAAGAUUCCUCUGUAUGCAUCUAACUUUGUAAGAUCAUCAGGUUCUGGUGUUGCCUCAAAGAGUUGGAUCACUGGACUCUUAGCUCUUCCUGCUGCAGCCUACAUGAUUCAAGAUCAAGAGGUUCUUGCUGCUGAGAUGGAGCGAACCUUUAUCGCUAUCAAGCCUGAUGGAGUGCAAAGAGGACUGAUAUCAGAGAUCGUUUCUCGAUUUGAACGUAAGGGAUUCAAGCUUGUUGGUAUCAAAGUUAUUGUUCCUUCUAAAGAUUUCGCGCAAAAGCAUUACCAUGAUCUUAAGGAAAGACCUUUCUUCAAUGGCUUGUGUGACUUCCUUAGCUCUGGUCCUGUUAUUGCCAUGGUUUGGGAAGGAGAAGGAGUGAUCAGAUACGGACGUAAACUGAUUGGAGCCACCGACCCUCAGAAAUCUGAGCCUGGAACCAUCCGAGGAGAUCUUGCAGUCACUGUUGGCAGGAACAUUAUCCAUGGAAGUGAUGGACCAGAGACAGCAAAGGAUGAGAUCAAUUUGUGGUUUAAGCCUCAAGAACUUGUUUCUUACACCAACAACUCUGAGAAGUGGCUCUAUGGUGACAACUAAAUCCUCUCUCUCUCUGUCCCUCGUCUUUUCAAACAAAGAACAUUGUUUUUCUCUCUUUUCUUACCCAUACAAUAAAAACGAGACACAGUUGUAACGGAUACAAAACACUUUCCGGGUUUUGAUUUUCCCCGGUGAACUCAGUAAUCAGAGCAUAAGCAAAUAAGUAUGGGAUGAUUAGUUA